UUCUACGUGUGGCAAAACUGUUCUACUUAAAUAACAAAAUUUCUAAUGACAAUGAUGAAGAGCCUGUCUUGGUGGUAUCAAGGAGACCAAGGUUCUUUAUGACAGAACCUACGGAUGCUCCACUUGUUCCUUGGGACAAAAACCCAAGGAGAUGGAAGAACCGGUCCAGAGACCAUCCCAUGGCCACAGAAAACCCGUUUACCCUGUAUAAGGGUUGGAGAAGACUGGGGAUGCUGGAAAACUUGGACAAGCGGAGAGAUCUGGAUAGACAUUGGGAGAGACUGAAGCAGGAGGAGUUGAAGUUCCAGCAAGACUUGAGACUGAGGAUGAAGCAGAGGAAGGCUCUGAGACCACUUGCCACAAAGACACCAGCAGAAAAUUCCACCUCUCCUGUUCCUGCACAUUAUGUUACUCAUACAAAAGUCUGAAUUCAUUGGGGAAAUAACUUUAGAACUUGAGAUAUCGAAGCUGUGAGCACCAUAUCACCUCUCCAAAGUUGUAGUUUUUUAUACAAGAUUUCUAUAUUUUUGAUUUUAAGUCGUUUUUGACUUUUGUAUUUAUAAUUCCAUAAAAUACAUUUUCUUUAUUUAUAGUA